AUGUCAGUUACGGUUGAUUCGGAUGGGGAAUGGCAUGUUGGUGUCAUAUACGACGAUGGAUCAGUCAUCGAUCAGUCGACAUACAAUACAAUACCCAGAUUAUUUGAGGAAGUAUUGAAGCCGCCAAUCCUUGAACAUUACACGGACAUUUCAACAGGGAAUUCCUCCUCCUCCUCCUUGUCAACAUCUCAGAAAUUCAAAUUUACAGUGGAGAAAUUUUAUAUCAAUCAAGUAUGUGAACUCGUCAACAGUGGUGUCCAUGUGAUUGUCAGUCUGACAACUUGCUGGAUAGCUGAAUAUCUCGAAGCGGAGGCGUAUCGUUACCAUCUACUGCAUAUUGCAAUACCGAGACCAGCAUGCAGACAGAAGAAGAAGCCUACAACAAUCAAAACUAGAGAAACACCACCGCCAACAACAACAAUAUGGAUCCAGAUGGAUGCACAUCGUAUGGCGAAGGCGUUUCUAGCGAUCAGCGAAUUGGAGCGUGUUUCACAUGCACUAAUUUUAGCUGAUUAUGAUCCAUCAACAGCUGUAAUCCAUGAGAUAGCCGACUUGACAAUGAAAAGAAAACUUGAAAACGAAAGAUUUUACACUGAAUUCUCCACACAACUGUUCACAAGACGCGACGACGUCGACAACAGUGACAACACCAACAGCAACAAUCCUGUGUAUGUCUCCAAUACGCCUAAUCGAAUUACACUGAGUGAGUUUAUCAGAACACUGAAAGGCGGUAAAUCAAGCGAUGAUGUUAUUGCAAAAUCCUAUGCAACGCAUAUAUUCGUAGUGCAUACGAAAUACUCUCGUCAUUUAGAUUCUUUUAAGGAGAUUUUUGAGAAUGCCAAUAUCACGAAGAAGUACUACUGGAUUUUUGACGAAUUUCCUGAUGUGUCAGUUAACCGCCUGUUAGACAUCGCAACAGUCUCCAAAGUGAAAGACAUAAAAAUUGGCUUUUUUCGACAAUUUCCUGUAUUGAAUAUCGACGAUUUAUCAGAGCAUAAGGAAUUGAGGCAAGGAGGAAGACAACUGUUGAUUAAAUCUGCACUGGAUGGUGAAACACAUGUCCUACCUGAACGCAUAACCAUUGCUGCCUAUAUGAUAAUGAUGAGCAACCAAGUGGCGAACUUUAUGAAAUCACUGGGUUCCAUCUACUUAAAUCGUACUGGUUCAACUUGUGAUCAAAUUGAUCCUCGCGUUGAUGUAUUUGGUGGCCGGUUGUUCUAUGAACUACUCAGUUAUGGGUCUGGUUCCAGUAGAUGGAAAUCUUUCUGGUUUUAUUCACUGGACAAAGUGAAUGACACAACGCAGCAUUUCAUAGCCACAGCACAAUUCACUCCCAAUGACCAAAUGCAACUCACCAGGAGAGGAGUAGAAAUUAAACAAAAAAGUCUGAAGAGUGGUUUGUUCUCAAAUGUUUUUCAGUCAUUCAAUGGAAAAAUUCUCCGCAUAUCAACAGUUCUUGAUGCACCAUUUGUUGUCACUGGUCGGCUGGAUGAAAAAAACAGAGAGGUGUUCAACGCUACAGGAUUUGCAAUUGACAUAUUGAACGAGUUGGCGAUACGCUUCAAUUUUGGUUAUCGCUUAUUUAUACCAGAGAAUGGUACAUACGGUGCACUGAACGACGACGCAGACCAAUGGGAUGGGAUGAUGGGUGAACUAGUCAGCGGAAAAGUGGAUAUGAUCGCCGCUGGGUUAACCAUCAGUCCAAGAAGAUCAAAUUAUGUUCAGUUUAUUGGUCCAAUAGUUGAAGAUACAAUCGGGGUGCUUGUCAAGUCACCACCUGCACCAACAGCAUCAAGAGCCAGCGGUAGUGGUUACUACUACUACUACUUCCAAGUGUUUCACUUAUUUAAACUUGAUGUCUGGAUAUCGAUUCUUUGUUCAGUGGUCAUUCAUGGUGUGACCGCCUACCUGUUCAACAAGUACAGUCCAUUUAGUGGAUGGAAUUUACAACAACAACGACAACAACAUUCACAUUUGGAGACGAAUGCGGAGACGGAGCAUGAAGCAUCAUCACUUGUGCAGAAUUUAUGGAUUUCCCUGCGUUGUAUGCUGCUUCAAGGGCAAGAAGGUGGUCAACUGGUCAACUGUUCAUCACGUGCUCUAUGCUUAUUGUACUGGUUGAUGAUUCUAGUCGUACACGCAAUCUGGCAGGCUGAUUUAACAGCAUUUCUCACGAAAAAUAAACUGGAAUUGCCAAUCGCAUCGUUGAAAGACUUGGCUUACAACGACAAAAUGACAGUACUCGCCAUGAAAGGUACUAGCACGUAUAAUAUGUUUCAGAAUUCAGCGAAUCACACAGUCUAUGAGUCAAUAUAUAAAAAGUUAUCUGCAAAUCCCAUCAGUAUAAGCAGUACAAGUGAAGCAGUUCAACUUGUCAAACAGUAUGAUAAUUAUGCCUACAUCACUGAGAGAUUUCUACUCUUGGGUGUAAUACAAGAAGAAAAAAGCAGCUGA